GGUAACGAUUCUCUCCCCCAGCAUCAAGCCCUGGGGCCUUGGCAGGGUUUUUGCCUCCCCACUUGCAUGUUUCACGUCAUCAGCUCCGGUCAAGAAACUCUUCACGCUGAACCUGUUGGACAGCCACCUCAGUUUUUAUGAAACCCUUGGGCCUGAGCAGUUGGACGCCAUGAACCCCAGCCCUGGAUUUCAGGAAGCGGAUCUCCCUGGCGGCGAGCCUGCGAGUGGAGCCUGCUGAAGGGGCCGGCAUCGGAGCCGCCGCUGCGGACAGGGCCUGCCCUGGGUCCAAUGACCCCAAGCGGCCUUGGGGGCAGAAACAGACGAGGAGGCUUCCGUGCGGACGGGUGGGGCACGCGGCCCGAGACUGGCACCCAUGUCGCUCGCCAUGAAGGCUCGGCAGAAGGUGAAACGGAAGGCAGCCGCCAAGGACCGGGUCUUUGGGUGUGACCUGGUCGAGCAUCUGCAGUUAUCAGGCCAGGACGUUCCACAGGUCCUGAAGAGCUGCACUGAGUUUGUGGAACAUCACGGCAUUGUGGAUGGGAUCUACCGGCUGUCCGGCAUCUCCUCAAAUAUCCAGAAAUUAAGGCUGGAGUUCGACGCCGAGCGCAGCCCGGACCUCAAUAAGGACGUGUAUCUUCAGGACAUCCACUGCGUGAGCUCCCUCUGCAAGGCCUACUUCAGGGAGCUGCCCAACCCGCUCCUCACCUACCAGCUGUACGACAAGUUCGCCGAUGCCGUGGCGAUCCAGAUGGAAGAGGGCCGGCUGGAGAAGAUCAAAGAGGUGCUGAAGGAGCUCCCAUCGCCUCAUUACAGGACCUUGGAGUUCUUGAUGAAGCACCUGGUUCACAUGGCAUCUCACAGUGCGCAGACCAACAUGCAUGUGCGAAACCUGGCCAUCGUCUGGGCUCCCAACCUGCUCAGGUCCAAGGACAUCGAGCUGUCCGGCUUCAACGGCACAGCCGCCUUCAUGGAGGUCCGCAUCCAGUCCAUCGUGGUGGAAUUUAUCCUCACCCACGUGGAACAGAUAUUUAGGAACGCUCCCCUCCGUGUCGGCAGCCGCGAAUCUCUCAGGAGGUCCCUCCUGCUUGUGGGGCCAUCAGUCACUUACCCCGAAGAGAAGUACAGCUUCUCCUACAACGUUCCCGCUGUGCUGAACCAGGGGGACGGACCGCCGCAGAUACGCCCGUACCACACCAUCAUUGAGCUCGCCGACAGCAAACGGAAAGGCUCCAUCAAGGCCAAGAAAUGGAAGUCCAUCUUCAACCUGGGCCGAUCCAGCAAUGACUCCAGGCGCAAGUCACACAAGCCGGAGGACAAAGACGACAAAGAGGGCAAGACGCGGCUGCGGCCAGCCAAGAGCAUGGACUCCCUCAGCUCCCUGCCGUGCGCCAGCGACGACCACACCCUGCUCGGCAGGAAGAAGUCCCAGAAGCAACUUACUCUGGACCGUGAGGGUUUUGACGGCCCCGUUUCGCUCGACAGCAGUUUCCUGGAGUCAGAUGAGUAUCCAGACAAGGCCAAGGUGGAGGACGUGCACGGCGAAUCCGAGGGCGAGGCCACUGCCAAGUCGGAGCCCACCACCCCCAAAGUCAGCCGGUCGAGCCUUGUUGGGGUGGCCCCCCAGGGCCGCUCCCCCAAGGCCACGCAUAACAGGGCAGAGAAGUGCGCUGGGGUCCACAUCUCGGGGCCUUUCUCCGUCACGGUCCCAUUCCACAUCACCUCCAACCUCAGCUUGUCCCGCCUGACCCGGGGACAGGAAUGCCCGGCCCUGAGCCACUUCAGCGGGGAGAAGGAGGCCCCCGAGACCGCGGGGGCCACCGACAAGCCGUCUUCUGAGCAGAAGGAAGCUGAGAUGAGGCCGGUGCCCGCAGCCGCCCUGGAUAAGGAAGGGCUUGCAAAAGAAGAUCCCGCCGCAGAGGAGGAGACCCGGAUUUCGCUGGAGGUCCAACACACCUUCUCCUUCUUGGAUUGCCAAGAUGCCUGGCUGGGUGACAGCCUGGAUGAGAAUCAGCCCUGCAAGGGCUCCGAUGUGGGGCCCGAGUCGGUGGACUGCAGCGUCGGCUCUUUGUCGCUCAUGGAUGAUGACAUGGGCAGCGGGUUCAUGAAUGAACUGAUAGGAGACGGGAUGCAGCUGGAGAUGUUUUCCAGAGUUCAGCAGCUGGAUUACUUGUCCAUCGAAGACUGCAUGAACGAGCACUCGGAGGAGGACGACGACCAGUACUACCUGGCCAUGGGGUUCACAGAGGAGGAGGACACGCCCAAGGAGGCCGACCACGAAGAGGUCUACCUGACCGCUUUUGACGACCUCAGCCCCUUAGCCACGGAAUUCCAGGAGCUCCUGCAGCCCGAUGAGGCUCAGGCCCCACAGUUCCCUCCGCCAGGGAAUGUGGUGGAAGAGCAGCCCUUCAGUCUGGCUGGAUGGGCGUUACCUGCACACCCAACUGGCUCCCAUUCCGGGGAAGCUGGAGUGCAGGCUCAGCCUAGUAGCCCUCCAGGCCACGACGUGGGGUUCGUCGACUCGCACACGGAUCCAGAGCUAGCCAGCCCAUCCACAGAGGAGUUGGGCGUGUCACCACAUCCCGGAAGCGCUUCCACUGAGCUGGAGAUGCAUGCGAAGGGUGAAGCUGAGCCCGCCACAGGACAGCCUUGCUUGGUGCAGGGAGAGGGUGUAGACGCCACCCAUGGAAGGGAUGUGCCUGAGCGGGCGGAGUGCUUGGGGCAAACGGCUUGCCCUGCAGGAGUCUCAGAAUCAGCCCACCAAAGAUCCCUGUCUCUGGAGCAUGAAGAACGAUCCAGCUUUGACCACGAGCCGCAACUACACGCUCCAAAUGCUUCUGACGUUGAGCAGGCUGGGUGGUCCCCUUGGGCCCCCAGUGCAGAGGCCGAUGGGCCGCCCCAGGAGGGGGCUGGGAUGUCCAGCCAGCACAUGGGCUGUGCGCUUCCCUUUCAAGAGGCAGAGCAGCUGCACAGGGGAGGGGUGGCCCUUCUUCCCCAGACAGAAGACGGGCCUUCAGCCCUGGAAGGUCCUGCCCUGCCAGGCGCUCUGCCUUCCUCCUUGCUGGGCAGCAGUUCUGAAACCGACCAAUCUGAGAAAGCGUUGCCCCCAGUGUCGCCUGCCCCGCAUCCUGAGCAAGCAGCUUCCUCUGGGGCAGCCCCACCAGAUGCCCCUUCGCCUGACAGCUGCAUUGACCCCAUCUCAAUGGCUGCUGCUUCUCCAGACAGCCGUCCAGAAAGUCUGCUGCAGAAACCUCGGCAUGCACCGCCCACGGACCAGAGAGACGCCCUCAGGCACGGCCUCUGCGAUGGAAGCGUCCACAUGAGACUCACCUCCAGCUCCAUCAAAGUCCAGCAUGUGAAAUCCUUCCCGGUGGUGCCUCCAAAGCCUCAGUUUGCGAAGAUUCCUCCUGCCUUAACACCGAGAGCCCCAGCCAGGGAAGCCUCCACGCCAGGGGCCAGUCCACCGCCAGCUCAGGACUGCAGGAAGAAGACGGAGAACGGGCUUGACAAAGGCUCUCUGCACAAGCCCCUUCGCCCCGUCAGCCUGGACGCCCCCUGGGGCCCUGCAAGUGUCAGUGCAAGCACGGAUCCCCUCCUGGCUGCUCCAGAGCCAUGGGCCCCUUCCAGGAACUGCUGCGGGGAUGGCGGGGCCCUUCUGAAGCAGCGCAAUUCCAUGCCCGUGAGCCUGGAGCACUACGGCCCGGACUGUGAGAGCGGCAGGGAUGCGGCCCAGAGCCCCCACAUCUCCCUGUUGGAUGGGUGCAGCUUUUGGCCCCAGGGCGGUCCGCGUGGCAGGGAUGGGCACCUUCCGGUGAAGUUCUCCCUCCCGGAGAGGAGCUCCAACAUGCACUCCGCGGGCCAGGACGGCAGAGGCGAGCCCUCCACGCCGCAACUCCCGCCGGCUGCUCUGCCGGAGAAGGGCGUCGGCGAGGCUGGCGGGGCCGCCCCGCAGAAGCAGCGGUGGGUCAGCUGGCGCAACGGGGGCAGCAUGUCGUUCGACGAGGCGGUCGCCCUCGCCAAGGAGAGGCACGUGGCGCAGGCCCCCGUGAGGAGGAUGCAGACCUACUGCUACGGAGACUCGGAGGCCCUGCCGGGCCCGCCCGGGACCGAGAGGCCUCCCGCUCAGCCGAAGCCCGCCCUGCGGCUCCUGGGACAGCGGCCCCUGAGACCCCUGAGCUGCCUGGCCGUGGCAGAGGGGCCCGCUUCAGGGAAGCCGCUUGCGGCCCAGGCGCCGGCCGAGACCUCCCCAGACGGCCGGCGGCCCCCGAGCCAGGAAGAGCCCUCCAUCCCCGCAGACCCCCAGCCGAGGAGCAGGACGGGCUUGUCGAGGGUCGGCCGGUGCCCGGCCAUGACGGAGGAGUCCUCUCACAGCUCGCCCCAGGAAAGGCGGUGACUCUCUUCGGCAGGCGAGCCCGAAGGUGGCGCUGUUUCUCCUGCUGCGCCAGCGCUGGGGGCGUCCCGCUUCCCGCCUCGGCCCUGCAGGAGCCCGUGGGCCGCAGCCGCAGGGGGCGCCUCCCCAGGCUGCGUUCCACAAGCACAUGGAAGGGAGCCGUGGAUGGGAAGGGGGGCGAUGUCCCCGGAAGAAUCAGCUGCUUAGGAGGAGCGCCAAACGGCAUCCAGCAAGUUGGAACGCAGGAAGUCUCAAGUGUCCUGCUCAUCGAAAUGACCAACUGGAGGCAAGCUGCUUUAAAUUGAACUCCCCACUUUGAAAUGCAUGUAUUUCCUGUGGAAGCAAGCCCAGGGUCUGGUUUCUCUGGCAAUUAAAACGGAUUGCUUGGUGUGCAGCUAAGCAGACUUUUCGCAACGUAUGAAUGUGAUCCCAGAUCUUUGGCCCUGCUCUCCACACCACCGUUUGCUCUGAAGCUUAUAGUAACUCGGAAGCAACGAGUGGUUUAGCUCUUCGUUUAAGCAUGUGAAGUACUAGAUUAAUUAAGGUCACUCCCUCCAGACACUGAUCUGGAAGUAUCCCGCGAAGUCAGAAUGUCUCUGUACAUGCAACACACACAAGUGGAAAAGGAGACGAGAGGGAACGGAGCCACCGAAGAGCAAAGGGGCAUAUCCCAUUCCUUUAUUGUCCGGCCAGGUGAGCAGGACAGGGUUGACCGCCCCACAAGCUCCACCAGCUGGAGGAGCUGCACACAAAACGGACUCCCUCCUUCACUGUUUCUGGGUCUAGCAGAGGGAGGAUCCAAGUAGUAAUGAAAAAGGAGCCAGUCUUGACUGCCCCUACAGAUGGGCUCUGUCCAAGGCUUCCUGGUUUGUAGAUCCGUUCCCCAGAAAGAGUAUGUGUGGUUUUGCAUUUCAAUUCUGUGAUAUAUAAAACCCUGUGGAGUUGCUUGUUUAUAAAUUAAUGGGUCAACGUGAGCGCAGUACUUGAGAGUGUGCAGACAAUUCACAUUCGUUCUUACUUCUUUUCCCAGUCAAAUGCAGUAUUGGCAAAUUGAUUUUGUCCAUUGUUUUCAUGGACAGUGUCCACUUUUCAUAUGCAUGGCGUUUUAACUACUCUCUGGGAAAACAAGCUCAACCAAUUCUACUGCUCCGGCACCACAAAAAUGUAACCAUUCAUUGACUGAAGUCUUAAUAAAUCAUCCUUUUAAAACUGC